AUGUUUGUGUUUUGGAGCUUUGCACUUUUACUGAUUGAUGCAGCUAAAGGAGAAGAAAUCUGCUAUGAACGAGUAGGCUGCUAUACAGAUGACAUACCAUGGUCUGGAACUCCUGAGCGACCAAUUAAAAGAUUGCCCUGGUCUCCAGAGAGAAUAAAUACUCGCUUCCUUCUCUAUACCAAAAACAACCCCAACAACUUCCAGGAAAUCACAGCAGUUGAACCAGAAACUAUUGAUUACUCAAACUUUAAUGCCAGCAAGAUAACACGCUUUAUUACUCAUGGAUUUGUAGACCAGGGUGAGGAAAACUGGUUGUCAGACAUGUGCAAGAGGAUGUUUGAAGUAGAAGAUGUCAACUGCAUCUGCAUAGACUGGAAAAAAGGUUCCAGGUGUCCAUACACCCAAGCAGCAAACAAUAUCCGUGUGGUGGGAGCUGAAGUGGGUUACUUUAUAAAUACCCUUGAGGCAAGGUACGGCUACUCUCCUUCCAUGGUACAUUUCAUUGGCCACAGCCUUGGGGCACAUGCAGCUGCUGAGAUGGGAAACAGAGUACCAGGAAUUGGAAGAAUAACUGCCCUAGAUCCUGCUCAACCAUAUUUUCAAGGCACACCACCCAUAGUCAGGUUGGAUAAAAAUGAUGCUGCUUUUGUUGAUGUUAUUCAUACUGAUUCGGCUCCCACCAUUCCAUACCUGGGCUUCGGAAUGAGUCAAGCUGUGGGACAUCUUGAUUUUUACCCAAAUGGAGGCGAAUACAUGCCAGGAUGCAAGAAGAAUAUAAUUUCACAAAUAGUGGACAUUGAUGGAAUCUGGGAAGGAACCCGUGAUUUUGUGGCCUGUAAUCACCUGCGGAGCUACAAGUAUUAUUCUGACAGCAUUCUCUAUCCAGAUGGAUUUCUAGGCUACCCAUGUGCAGGACAUAACUUAUUUGAAACAGGAACCUGUUUCCCAUGUCCCCAAGGUGGAUGCCCCAAAAUGGGUCACUAUGCUGAUGAAUUUAAAAACAAAAUCAGCUCUGGAUUUCAGAAGCUCUAUCUGAAUACCGGAGAAGCCAAGGUUUUUGCCCGCUGGAGGUACAAAAUAUCUGUCACGCUGUCUGGGAAGAGCAGUGUCAGAGGAUACAUAAAUAUUGCCCUAUAUGGAACUGGAGGGAACACAAGGCAAUAUCAAAUUUUCCAGGGGAAGCUGAAGCCUGAUGAAACUUAUUCAAACUUAACCGAUGUAGAACUUGAUGUUGGGACCGUUACUAUGGUUAAGUUUCUUUGGAACAACAACAUGAUAAACCCAACUUUACCCAAACUGGGAGCAGCAAAAGUUGCAGUACAAGAUGGAGAAAAUGGGAAUGUAUUCAAUUUAUGUGGCAGUGGAACAGUAAGAGAAGAUGUUCUACAGACACUAACACCGUGCUAA